AUGGAAAUAUCCGGUGACCUUAAUAGCAUACCUAUAUCACUAGUAGAUAAUGGAGCUCAUUCUUCUGGUGUCAAAGUUAAGGUCUUAACCAAACCUGACAAGAUUACUAAAAUGGCAGUCCAAAGAGAUGCUGAUUCCAAGUCAAUAUUUGUACGUAAUAUACAUUCAGAUACCACACCUGAAAUAAUAGAAGAACAUUUUAAGGAAUGUGGGUCCAUUAAGAGGAUAACCAUCUUAUGUAAUAAAUCUACAAAUAAAUUUAACGGAUAUGCUUACAUAGAGUUUGACUCUCGGGAAAAGAGAGAACAGGCAUUAUUGCUAGACAACACAGAGCUUAAUGGCUGUAAAAUCUCUGUCUUAAGGAAGAGAACAAAUAGACCGACUUCGAAUAUCUAUGAUAAAGGAAGGAAAACUUCAUCUAUUUGA